CGGUUUAGGGGGCGGAAUCAAAAGUACAAAAAGCGACACACAAAAGGUAAUUAGGCGCUGUCGUCAAGGUUCGCUUCAUCGAUCAAAAGUAACCACGAGCGUUUUGGGGGACUUUYGGCGAGGYUGAAAAGCGCUCCCCCUGGGGGAAAUGUUUGCUCGAGGGCGACCGCCCACGAUUAGACACAGUGGGUUUGUUUAAACAACCCGAAGCUGGAUCGGAGGCCCAAAAAUGCCCAAUUCUCAGAGCUCAUCUGGGGAGAGUAGAGAAAGAACAGAAGUCAUAUACGCUCUAAAAUGGGCAUCUAAAGGGUUUAGGAAGCGAAAAUUAAUUCGCUCAAAAGGCUUGUAUUUUUCUCAAGUCGCCUUUUAGAAGAAGAAAAACUUCAAUUUUUUCUAUUAUUUCCCUAUAGUCUUCAUGUGCUGUUCGACAAAAGGUUUUGAAGCUUCACAUGCGAUAAAUCGGCAUUGAUAAGACACUUUCAGGCCGGCUGACACUAUCGGGACGUGCAAGAAUUUAAUUAAUUAACCUGAAGGAUUAAAUUAAUUAAGGAAAACAUCCAUAUGGUGGUGUUUGCCUGUUUAUCCGGAAAAAUUAGCACUAUUGACGUCAUGCCACGUUUACAAUGAUUAAUUUAUUAUUGGACCGAUCCAUCAGCCGCUCAGACAGCGCCUCUUCUUGUCAGUUGCUUAUUUUCGUUUGUAUCAAUAUUUGUGCGUGAAAAACGAGGAAUUGGUUCAGUGCCAGAUAAACAGCCACAUGCCGAUUAAACCACUAACGGUGUCGUUUUCUGUUGAAUAUGACCAAUAGGAACGAAUGGACUGAAAAAAGUAAAAACUCAGCUCGGACGUAGAGAGUUCGCCCUUUCGGUGGCCCGCGUCUCAAUAAAGCCACCCCCGAUGAUCCUGCCGCCAAAGAGCACGUGACGUCCCGGAUUACUGGCGGCUGUUGCAGCAGGAAAAUUGCCCGUUUUGGCGGCAUAUUGCUCGGUCACUCUUUUCCUGCUCGGAUGCGCGCAAUCUGUUUCCAUCCGCAUGUCACAUGAUGGGGACACAACAGAUUAUCCGACGCAAAUCCUGCAUGGCUCCCAAGCGCAAAAAACAUCGACUGUCUUCGUUUAUCGACGAAAAUAAACCCUUAAUUCUUAUAUGAAAAUUACGUUUCAUUUUAAUAGGUCUAGAGUCCAAGCGAAGCAAGGCCUAGACCAAAAGUUGCACGGUCUGGUUCUUGCGCAAGCGGCCAGAGAAACCCACUUAAACUGAAUGCCUGAUGAUGAUAGAAAAGCGAAAUUUUCAGCACAAGGACAGGAAACUUUGCUCUUUUCAACGCUGAACUCCCCACGUCUCUAUCUCGUUUCGUUCAAUCACAAUUUCUGAACUCACCUUCCAUUUGCCAGCCAAGUUAGUCGCAAUAUUGUUAAAAAAAUGCGUCACUAAACCGGCAUCGAAGGCAGAAGAGUGAAUUUUUCAGCACGAAAACGGCAAACUGCGAUUUCCCCGACGCAAAAAUCCCCAUUCUUUUAUCUCCUGUAGUUUUGAGUCCUACCUGGAAGCCAGAUUAGUCGCGGCUAUUAAUGAAGCAAACAACCUGUUACAAAAAUUUGUAACUAAAGAACUGAUGAUGGCGGAAAUCGGAAAGUUUUCAGGAUAAAAACCGCAAACUUUGUUCUUCUCAACGCAGAAAUCGCGCUGCUUCCACCUGAUUUUGUUAAGUUGCACAUUUUGAGAGAAUUAAUAUUUUUCUAAAAAUCGACUUCUACCCUUUAUUCACAUGCGUGUUUGGUGAGCUCAAAGCAUUGCUUUUCAUGUAAGAAAUGUUGUUCUUCUCAACGCAAAAAUCGCUCUGCUUUUGUUGAGUCGCAAUACAUUUUUUAACGUGACUUUCCACAAGUCACCUUAAGAUUGGAAAACAGUCGAGUGGAAACGCGAAAUUUUCAGCACAAAGAACCGAAACUUUGUUACUUCCGACAACAAAAUCGCCAUGUUCGCACCUCUCUUCAUUCAGUCGCAAAUAAUUAAACGCGCCGUUUGCAAUUCACCACUAAACGCUCUUCCGGUCCCUCGCCUGGCAAUUGCAGAUUAUUCAUCAAAAAAUGCCUGGGCUGUUCCGAAAGAGUCUCGCCAGAAGAACUGGUGAUGCGCGCAAGCGAAAGCAUCUUCCAUCUUCGAUGCUUCGUUUGCGUGGUGUGCGGCAUCAGACUGCAAAAGGGCGACCUCUACGUGAUCAAACAGGGACAACUCUUCUGUCGGAUCGACUACGAAAAAGAGGUGGAAAUGAUGCAGGGCUUCGGCUAUGGAAACUUUGCAGGUGAGUUUAUAUGCGACGACCUGAUCCAGUCGACCAGAUCGCAUGAUGGACGCCGAGGGCCGAAACGUCCGCGCACCAUCCUCACCACCCAACAACGAAGGGCCUUCAAGGCCUCCUUCGAGGUGAGCCCGAAGCCCUGCCGCAAAGUGAGGGAGGCCUUGGCCAAGGAUACCGGGCUGAGUGUCCGGAUUGUGCAGGUCUGGUUCCAGAACCAGCGCGCUAAGAUGAAGAAGAUCCAGAAAAAGGCCCGGCAGGACAAAGGCGGCAAGGACUCGGAGAGCGAGAAGGAGAAGCUGAGUGUGAAGGAGGAGGAACCAAGUCCCCACUCCACGCCAUUCUUCAACGACAGCUGCAGCGACACGGAAACAACCGCCGGCGAAGAAAACCCGCUCCAAAACCAAGAUAACUCCCACUUUUCCAGCAUCAAGGAAGAAAUCGAUUCUGAUGCCUUCUUCUACAAAGGGAACAACACUCUACAGAUACACUCCUUCUCAGGGUUGGACUUAAAGUCGCGAAGGGAGGACAACUACCUGGGACUCCCCUUCCCCAACUCCAUCGACUCGAGCAAUUCCUCCAUGUUCGUCCAACCGCCAGCGGCUCACCAACAUCAUCCGCACACUCUCCCAGGUCUGAACCCCAUCGACCGGCUCUACUCCAUGCAAAACUCCUACUUUUGUGGGGAAGAUGCGGCUGAGCCCUGAAAGGUUUUGCUGGCUGACUUGGUGAGGAAUCAGUUGGAGUUGGAGGGAGGAACGAAUGGGUUGCAAAAUUCCCAAUAUUUUAGUUUUGUUAAAUUAGAGCAUGCAAUUGCGGAAAUGUCUCUGGAUGGUUUUCUAGGCCAGCAUGCGGCGGUGCAUCAGCAAGCCACCCUGUACAUACUAUGUGAAUAUUUCAUGUGCUUUUCCAGAGCAACAAUAUAAAGCAGCUUCUAGAUUUGGCAUUUUGAUCGAUUCAUAACGAAUAAAUCCAAAGACUGAUG